AUGAUGACCAUGACUACGAUGGCUGACGGUCUGGACGCUCAGGACUCGUCCAAGUCUGCUUUCAUGGAGUUUGGGCAGCAGUCGCACUCACAGCAGAGCUCCCCGUCGAUGGCCAGCGGCCACUACCCGCUGCACUGUCUCCACUCCGGCUCACACGCUCACCACCAGCACGACAACACCCCGUACCCCGGGACCAACACCUACAACAGGUCGUUACCCUACCCCUACGUGAGCCAUCCGCACCACAGCCCGUACCUGCCAUCCUAUCACAACAACACGGGAGGACAGACAAGGUUAGACGGCACAGAGCAGCAGAAAACGACGGUGAUUGAAAAUGGGGAAAUUCGUUUUAAUGGGAAAGGCAAAAAGAUUCGCAAACCUCGGACAAUUUAUUCCAGUUUGCAGCUUCAAGCACUGAACCACCGUUUCCAGCAAACACAGUACCUCGCUUUACCGGAGCGCGCCGAGCUGGCUGCCUCUCUAGGACUGACACAAACCCAGGUAAAGAUUUGGUUCCAGAAUAAGAGGUCAAAGUUCAAGAAGCUGCUCAAGCAAGGCAGCAACCCGCACGAGAGCGACCCUAUACCGGGCUCCAUGUCCCUAUCCCCGCGCUCCCCGACCAUCCCUCCAAUAUGGGACGUCUCGGCCUCUUCCAAAGGAGUAAACAUGCCGGCGAACAGCUACAUGCCCGGCUACUCUCACUGGUAUUCCUCCCCACAUCAAGAUUCAAUGCAGAGAUAGACUGAUGAGGCAGGAAAAGGGUCAGUGAG